AUGAGCACUCGUCCUCCAACAACCCACGCUCUCGAGAUCAACGAGAUCCUCUUCCUGGUCGGUAAUUUUAUACAACAGGCUGACCUCAAAUCCUGCUCGCUCGUUAGCCGGCGAUGGCACCUCAUCUUUGCCUCGCACUACUGGUGGACGAUCCUCAUGGAUUUCUCAGCCCUGCACGAACGCAAGUUUUCCACAUACGAGAAUAUCAAACUCGGACGACUCGAACAGCUGCACUAUGAGGAGUCAAAGCAGCCGUCCCUGCAUAUUGACUAUGCAAAGGAGGGGAGGCGCAUGGACAAGGAGUUCUAUCGCGCCCUUUGCGAUGCCGCUCUGAGGCGCGCGCAAAAGGUGGAUUGCGUGUUGUCCAAGGAGAUCGCGAUGGAGUCCUUUUUGGGUCUGAUGCUGCUCGCAGGCAGGCGCUACGAUCUCAGAAGACUGAUCUUUGUGAAGCAUUAUGAUGUCGCGAAUAUGGAACAGCACCUGAUUCAGGUCCCUUCUUCGGCUCUUCCGGAUGGUACCCCUGCGAACGACACCGAAGAAUUCCUGUCACUCGGGCCGACGACCCAGGAAGCGGUGGAUCUCGCCGUUAGGAUCAUUGAGCAGAACCGGGAUUUGGAGGUGCUGCGGUUCGGCGAAUUCUUGCCAGAGUUGGACUGUACGCUCCACGGAGAUUUUCUUCGGAUCUUGUUACUCAAUGCCCCAGUACUCGAACGGCUAUGGGUGCAAAACAUCGUCUGCGAUACGAGACUCGUUACAGUUCUCCCUUUGUCGCUUGAGUAUCAUUACGACUCAUCAUCCGGCUUGUCGAUCAUUGGAGUGAAUGUUGGCCUGAAACUCAAAACACUCGGUAUCUGCAGCGUCAUCGGCCUCCCUCUCAGUUAUCAACUACAAAUCGCAAAGCAGUUCCCGAACCUCGAAUCGCUGACCUUGACUCUAGUCCGGACCUGCGAUAUCACACUGAACCAUCUGGCAUCAUCAGCGUCCUCGCCCCCUCCGAGCACUUCCUCAUCUUUCGGUGCUACAAAUAUUAAUGGUACUGGCGAGCCUACGAUCGCGUUCCAACCUCUGCAUAAACUGAACCUGAUCUUCCCUCAAGUGGCAUCAAACAACAACGGCGACCCUACGGCUCCAUCAACUUACAGGAUCGCGCACAUCCUUGCCUCGCUCCCAUCAACACAGCUGCAUGAUCUUUCCAUCUAUGCCUCAGAGUUUCAACUGGGCGAUUUCACAAAGCUGCUACGAUUACACGCGCAAUGGCUGCAGAACAUCGAGAUCGAGAACUCUACAGGGGUCUCGGGGAUGGAAAUCCUCAGUCUGUUACAAGUUUGUCCGUCGCUACGGAAGCUGCACGCGCCCAGUGUUCAGAUCGAGUACUUUAAAACUCCGUAUGAUCUGCAACAGGAAUGGGUCUGCGGCGCGACGUUACAGAGUCUGACCAUAUCAGUAGAGUGUUCAUCAACGGUAGAGAAAUCCAUCGUUGCGGCCAUUGACGCCUGGUCAUCCGGUGCUUCUUACGCCUGCGUCCAUUUCUCCUCUCAUGGCGAUAAUGCUCACAACAUCCAUUCGGAGCCGCCAUGUCUGAUCCGCCAAUUCCAGUUCCUAGACAAGCUCGCGACGCUCACGCGCCUGCAGAAUUUAAAUCUGGUCUGCUCAAAGGAAGGAACUUGUCUGGAACUUUCGCUAAAGACAGGAUUAGGACGUCUAGCACCGUUAAAGCAGCUUCAGGUGCUGGAUGUCCGGACAAGGGAAGAACGAGAUGCGGUUGCGGCCGCCGUCGCACAGACAGCUUCGCAUGGACAGCGUCAACGGACAGCAGCGUGGCUUUGUCGCGAAGCAAUAAGUAAAGCCGAGAAGAAAAAGAUAGGAAUGAUUACAGCUGACGUACAAGAGAAUGACAAAUGGAUAACUGAAUGCUGGAAUAAAAAGAACAGGGAAGAGAAGACAUAUUAUGCAGAGGCAUUAAUGAACUGGCGCACCGAAAAGAAGCCUCGCGGAGAAAAUAGUCCAAGCACAAUGUCAAUUUAUAUGCUCAGGGCCGCCUCUGGUGCUGCUGCUGAUGCUGUGGCCUCUGGUGCUGCUGCUGAUGCUGUGGCCUCUGCUGCUGUUGGUGGUGCUGAUGAGCUGCUUGCUGGAACGCUUGCGGUGGUGGCGGUGGUGGCGGUCCAUGUGUCUGGGAAGCAGGGCUCCAGCUCUGGUAACUCUGCUGCUGUUCCUGUUGCAACGAUCCGCCGCUGGCUACGCCCUUUGUGGCAUACGGAGACUGAUUCGCCGCUGACGAGCCGCCAACAGCAUGGCGCAAAGGGGGACCGCCCUGUUUUGGAGAUAAACCCGCAUAGCCAGUUUCUGCAGAUGAAUGUGGGUGCUGCUGCGAUGGUGCCUGUUGCUGUUGGUGAAAUUGUCCCGGGAAUGAUUGUUGGUAUCCAUACGAUGAUCCACGUUGGUCGUGCGCAUGCUGUUGCCAUGUGUCCACAAAGGAAGAUGACUGAUAACGACCGUUCGGGUUGCUGCCGUUGUGGCGAGCGUGUGGCUGAGGUGCGUUCCACGAGUCCAGAGUAUGGCGAUGACGAGGCGGAUGUCCGUGGAACAAUGACCGGUACACUCUCCGAUAAGCCUGCUGCUCCUGAUGACGGUGAUGAUGAUGGCGCUGAUAAUGGAGACGAUGACCCACUUAGCCUUGGGGACUCAAUUGCAUUUUUUAUAGAUGUUGCGGUUGGAAAUGAGAUCUGUUGCGGAUACCGCUGUUGA